CAGAAUCUUACUUCCCCCCUCACCGCCGGUAAGGUUACCGAAUUUUAACCUUAGUCUUAGAUUUCGAUCUGAGUUUCAGAAAAUAAGUGUUUCAUGGUGUCCAUGAUGUGUUUUGACUGUUUUGUGUUUUAAGAGUUUUUCUCGAUAUAAACGACUAUAACCUAACUUUUUACAAUUUCCUAUAAAGGGUACCUAAGAAUCAAAAGUUCUAUUUAAAUAUAAAUAUGUUUGUGGAGCUCACAGAUGUUACCACAAAUUAUGUGUACGAAGUGGAGGUAACUGAAGAAGAGGCCUUACGAGUGCAGAAUGACUAUGCUUUCGCCCAACAACUUUUAGAAGAAGCAAAAGUCAGAGGGGAUGAGAGAAACGUUGAACAAGAUGAGUAUAAUGAAAUUCCUAACAAAAAAAAAACACACAUAUGGGCUUAUACAGAUAUAGUGAUCCUCAUCGAUUCUGUGUCGAGUCAUUAUGAAGAAAUUAAACAUAAUAACCCAAAAAUAAAAAAGAAAGGAUGGAAAAAUAUUUUAAAUGACUUGCUGAGUGCAAAUGUUUCUUUAACAAUUGCAGAUAUAAAAAAGAAAUGGUCUAAUCCGGUCCAAUCAUAUAACAAAGCAAAAGAUAUCCAUAAUAAAUCGGGAGGAACACCUUCCAGGUUCAACUUUUUUGAGAAAAUUGAUGAUAUUUUAGGUGACAAAGCUAAUAAUUGCAGCCCUCAUAGUUUUGACAGUGGUAACAUUUCGGAAUCAGUGAUUAGAUUUUCAGAAGAGCCUCCACAAGAAUCACAAUCUAUUUCAGAUGAUCAAUCUAUUCAAACUGAUGGGUGCGCAUCAUUACCAUCAGUACGACAAUUAAGAAAGCGAAACACCCCUGCAGCACAGUAUUUAUUAAUUAAAAAAAGGUAUUUGAAUAACAAAGAAGACUUGUUAGAACGUAGACAAGAGAGGCAAAGAAAGUUGGAACUAUUGAGUGAAAGAAAUAUAAUAGAAGCAAGGAAGGCCAAAGCUUUAGAGGAUCUGGUUGAAUUGAAGAGAAAGGGUGAAUAA